UCCAGCGGCUGAGCGUCAAGGCGAAGCGAGGCGGGGAUUGAUGGGCGCAGCUGCGGCGGCCGCGAGUCCCGGGGGGCCCCCAGCGCUCGCACGCCCACCGGACGGCGCCGGGGAGGAGAGGAGCCUCGCGGGUGCCGCCGCUGCCGAAGAAGGGGCCGGAGAAGAAAGAACAAGUGGGACCAGAACCGGCAGAAGACCCAAACACUGGAGCAGUUGAACCUCAGUUUGCAUCCAAGAGACCAAGAUAAGUGAGCAUCACCUUGGAUCAAGGGAGACCCAUUCAUUGGGAUGGAAGCGCGCUGGGAAACGCAAUGGCAGCAGUUCCUCAAGACACUUCAACCCUCUCAUUCCAGAGAAGGAAAUCCAGCAAGAUCAAGGAAUUCUCCUUGGGAAGAUCCCAAGGCCUUCCUGGCCUCCUUCGAGCAGGUGGCCAGAGCCUGCCGGUGGCCCAGAGGGGAGUGGGUAGCCCAUCUCUUGCCAGCCCUUUGUGGAGAAGCUGAAGAGGCCUUUCGGAGCCUGGACACCAUUCAUCAAGGGGAUUACGAGAACGUGAAGGCGGCCAUCUUGAAAGGGGAAGCCGUGAAAACGGAGGCCCAGCGUCAGCGCUUCAGGCAGUUCUGCUGCCUGGAGGUGGAAGACCCUCGAGUGGUUUACAAACAAAUCCAGGAACUUUGCCACCAGUGGUUGAAACCAGAGAGACACACCAAAGAGCAGAUCCUGGAGCUGCUGAUCCUGGAGCAGUUCCUGGCCAGCUUGCCUCCAAAGCUCCAGAGCUGGCUUCAACCCAGGAGGCCGGACACCUGUUCCCAGGCGGUGGCCCUGGUAGAGGACUUCCUGCAGAGUCAGCAAGGAACCAAAUCAGAAGGCCGUCCGGGCCCCCCGAAUGAAGAACUGGCUGAUUUUGAACCGGCAGAGAAGGAACCCUUGGAGACAGUGAAGAGAGAAAGCAUUGAAGUGGAGAUCAAAGUGCCAGGCAAUGGAACCAAAUCCCCAAAUCACACCAGCUCGUUGCUUCCUCUGGCAGGACUUGGAGUGGUCCAAACUGGACUGAAAGAGGAACUGAUGGACCUCAAAGAAACAGACGUGCGUUUGCAGGCAGCCAAGCAGAGGCUGACCCAGGCAGCCCACCAGAGCAUAGCCUGGCAGGUCCUACAGGAAGAACGUCAAAACAUAGGUUGUUUAAGUGAGGAUGGUGACAGAAGGGAGAAUAGGUUUAAAAUGAAGAAUUUUCAGGGUGGAGAAGAUGCAGAAGAGAUACGCGGGAGGAACCCCGCAAUAAGCCCUGAGAAUCUGCCGUUAAAAGCUGAGAUUGAAGAAGAAAGCUGUGAAUCCAGUCAGCAGAAAUGGAGGCCACCGCUGGAAAUUGAGAAUACAGGCAACACGCUUGAAAAGGAUCCUACUACUGCUGUUACAGAAAAGACCAACAAAGGUAAAGUGUCCAUCUUCUCCCAAUAUGAUAGGAGGUACCUCUACCAGGUGGAACUGAACCCAAUACCUCCUGCGGAGAAAUUGGACCAGUGUCCUCAGAGAUUUGAGGACAGCUACCAGCGUACUUCAAACGUGAAUCAAGAGGAGAAAGACAUCGUAAGUGAGCAAAGGGUUGAUAUCUCCAAGAAUGGAACAGGGAAAAACGCAAACGCUUAUCUGAAUAACAAUCUCGGAGAAACACAAAACAAUUCUCCUGAAUCUGGGAAAACCUUGACUAACCCAAACUCACUAAGCAGAUUCCCGGUAUGCAAUCCCGAAGAGGAAUGGUACGAAUGUUCUCACUGCGGGAAGGGCUUCAACAAGGCUAAAUACUGGAAGCAGCACCAGAAAAUUCACACCGGGGAGAAGCCGUACAAAUGUCUACAGUGCGGAAAGUGUUUCAACCAGUCAGGAAAUCUGAAGACCCACCAAAGGAUUCACACCGGCGAGAGACCCUACAAAUGUUCCCAGUGUGGGAAGUGCUUCAGUCACACCAACUGUUUGAAAAUGCACCAGAGAAUUCACACCGGGGAAACCUACAAAUGCACUCAGUGUGGGAAAUGUUUCAGAGAGACGGGGAUUUUGAAGAGGCAUCAACGAACUCACACUCGGGAAAGACCCUACAAAUGUUCCCAGUGUGGAAAAUGCUUCAGCCUGUCGGGAAUCCUGAAGAGACAUCAAAGAACUCACACGGGUGAAAGACCCUACAAAUGUUCUCAGUGCGGGAAGGGCUUCAAUCAGAUGGGAACGCUGAAGAAACACCAGCGAAUUCACACAGGCGAGAAGCCGUACAAAUGUUCUCACUGCCAGAAAUGCUUCAACGAGAGGGGAAAUUUGAAGAGGCAUCAGAGAAUCCAUGCCAGAGAGAGCCUUAAUAUCAUACAAGAAUUCAUCUUGGAAAACGACCAUAUCAAUGUUAUCAAGGUGGGAAAGACUUCUACAGAGCAAGAAUUCUAAAGUGACAUUAAAAAAAAAAUCAUGCUAGAGGGACACGCUUAGGGCGUUCUUAGUAAGAAAUUUCCAGGACAAGGAUCUCCAAACUUGGCAGCUUUUAAGACUUUUUUUGUUUUUGUUUACAUUUAUACCCCGCCCUUCUCCGAAGACUCAGGGCGGCUUACAGUGUAUAAGGCAAUAGUCUCAUUCUAUUUGUAUAUUUUUACAAAGUCAACUUAUUGCCCCCCCAACAAUCUGGGUCCUCAUUUUACCUACCUUAUAAAGGAUGGAAGGCUGAGUCAACCUUGGGCCGGGCUUGAACCUGCAGUAAUUGCAGGCUCUGUGUUCUUAAUAACAGGCUUUACCAGCCUGAGCUAAACCGGCCCUUGGACUUAAGGAACUGGAGGCUAAAACACAUAAAGAACAGUUGCAGGAAUUGAGAUGUCUAGUGUGAGGGUUCCAAGUAAUACCUCCAGAAUAAAUCGGACUCCAGGGCAGUUAGAUUCUUCAAAGAACUGGUUUAUUGGAAAUAUCACAUUGGCACAGGCUGGUGAAAACCGACUCUGAAUAUUCCCGCAGUUUUCACCAAGUUCACAGUAAAAGUUUUUCCCCUUCCCCAGUCAGUCAGUCACAUGGCCCAAUCAUUGUGUCAUCUGGUUGCGUGGGAACAUCACUCCACGUCUCUCCAACAACCUGUGAGAAUGUCCUUGGUUCCCAGGAGAAAAUAUUUUGUUUUGGCUACAAACCCCUCUAUCUCUAUUCCCCCUGCCCUAACCCUCAGCUCCAGUGUGGCAACCCUGAAGCCAGAAAAUGGUCUUGGUCAGGCCAGCUUCAGGGUUGACAUCUAGUUUAAUGAAAAGAAGGACAAGGGGUGACAUGAUAGCAGUGUUCCAAUAUCUCAGGGGUUGCCACAAACAAGAGGGAGUCAAACUAUUCUCCAAAGCACCUGAAGGCAGAAGCAAUGGGUGGAAACUAAUCAAGGAGAGAAGCAACUUAGAACUGAGGAGAAGUUUCCUGAUAGAACAAUUAAUCCAGCGGUUCUCAACCUGUGGGUCGAGACCCCGUUGGGGGUCGAAUGACAAUUUGCCAGGGGUCGCCUAAGACCAUCGGAAAUAUGGGAAGUAUACUUGCGAGUCGAAGAAUCGCGCUCCAGUGGUUGACUCCACAAGCCAGCUGCAGGCUCUUCAAAUCGCUAGCCGAAUUCGGCUUCAGGCGCAAUGAAUUAAAAAAGAGAGAAAAUCUUUGCUCUGAUGUCUCCCUCUCAAGCCAGCUGCAAUCACUCCCAAUCGCUAGCCUAAUCUGGCUUCAGGCGCGAUAAACUUAAUAGGGGAGGAGUCUCCGCUUUAAUGCCUCCGUCCUCAAGGCAAUCGCAAGCAGUUCAGAUCGCUAGCCAAUAUGGCUUCAGGCGCGAUAAAUUCAAAACGAAAAUAAUUUUACGGUUGUGGUCACCACAUCGUGGGGAAUUGUAUUAAAGGGGUCGCCACAUCAUGGGGAAUUGUAUUAAUGGGGUCGCAGCACUAUAAAGGUUGAGAACCACUGAAUUAAUCAGUGAACAGUUCGCCUUCAGAAGUUGUGGGUGCUCCAACAUUAGACUUUGUUAAGAAGACAUUGGACAGCCAUUUGUCUGAAGUGGUGUAGGGUUUCCUACCCGAGCAGGUGAUUGGACUAGAAGACCUCUUAGGUCCCUUCCAAAGCUUUAGCUUAUGGUGCUAAUAUGGCUUCCAAAGCUGACACGCUUAUUAUUUUUUGAUUCUGUUAUUUAUGACCAGCUGGAGAAUUCUGGGAGUUGAAGUCCACAAGUCUUAAAGUUGCCAUGUUUGAAGACUCCUGGUCUAGAAGAUAACUCGGACAGCCCCUAAAGAUUUCCACGUUUAUUUAUAAGGAAAAAUCCUAGCAUUGGGAGUAAAUUGUUAGACUAUUGGAUCAAUCAUCCAGAAUGGUGGUGGAUUCCUUUUCACUGAUUUAACCCUGUAGCAGCUGGCAGAAUAUCUGCAAUGGAUUAUUUCAACUUGGAUUCCUGUACAGUUGUGGGAUUGGAUUUGAUGACUCUUUCUCCAUUUUUCUAUGAUUGUAUACCAGAGAUACAUUAUAUAAAUAUUCUCAGUGAAAUACUUAUGCAGCAGAACUGGAGGCACAUCUGACAUAAAAUCUGUACAGAAAGUAAAAAUUCAAAUACGUGAAAUCAGAUAAGAAAUUUGGUCGCACUUCUGUGCCACAAACUGUACAAGAAGGUUUCUGCAGAUACCCCUGGUCUGAGCUGGUUGUGUCUCUCCAUCAUCUUGCUCAAUAAAAACCAACCUUUCAUUUUAUACUAUUUGUAUAGACAUUUAUGAGAUAGGAAAUAAACAGAAAUGCCUGAAUCCCG